AUGUCGACGUGUCAGCAGGUCGCGCGGCCACUCGUCCGCUGUCUCCGGCAAGCCGGCCCCGGCGCUGCGACAUGUUCGACCCGGUCCGUCGCCGUCGCCGCCGUUCGGCCCUUUUCCUCGACCCCGAUGCGCAAAGAUGAAGGCGCCACCACCACCACCACCCCUUCUGCCGAUUCCACCACCACAACACCACCACCCCCUCCUCCUUCGGCCACCGAAGCCAAGUCGCCGGGAAUCUUGCAGCAGGACCGCGCGGCCAAGAUUGCCCAGAUUGUCAAGGAGACGGAGAAGAUCAAGCUGCUCGAGGCGCGGGAUGCUAGCGAGUUCGAGGGCGGCGAGGCCGCCAAGCAGACACGGAUCAAGAGCUUGAGGAACUACGUUGAGGAGCUCAAGAUCCUGGCCGACAUCAACGACCCCGAGGUGAAGAGGCGCUUCGAGGAUGGCAGGGGUGACAUGACCAAGCCCGUCUACCGUUUCCUCGCCGAGCGCCGCUGGCGUUCCAUGGACUACAAGAUCAUCGCCCAACGUAUCUCGCAGUUCCACGUCGUGCCCGAUCUGCUGCCCUCUUUCGACCCAUCCAUGGACGUCAAGCUUUCCUUCCGCGGCUACCAAGUCUCCCCCGGCGCGAUCCUCGAUUCCCGCGUGACCGAGGUCGCCCCGACACUUCGCAUGCAAGUCUUCGACAAGGGCGAGCGCCUGCUGACCGUGGUGGUCAUCGACUCGGACGUGCCCGAUGUUGAUCACGACCGGUUCUCGCGCCGGUGCCACUUCCUCGCUUCCAACAUUCCGUGGGACCCGUCGAAGACGGUUCUGUCGCUGCGCAGCGUCGGCGACCGCGUCGAGGGUGACGUCGGCAAGCCCUGGCUUCCUCCCUUUGCGCAGAAGGGUUCGCCCUAUCACCGCCUCAACGUCUUCGUGCUGGAGCAGAAGGCCGGCGCCAAGAUCGAUGGCGAGACGCUCAGGAAGCAUCUGGAGAACCGCGAGAACUUCUCGCUCAAGGGCUUCCGCGAAAAGUUCGACCUCGAGCCCGUCGGCUUCAACCUCUUCCGUUCCGAGUGGGACGAGGGCACCGCCGAGGUCAUGGAGAGGCACGGCAUUCCCGGCGCCGAGAUCGAGUUCAAGCGCCAGAAGUUCGCCUCGCUCAAGCCGCCCCGCAAGGCCAGGGGUUGGGAAGCCAAGAGGCAGAAGCCCAAGUACAAGAGCUUGUGGAAGUACGUCAAGCGCAUUGCGUAA